AUGAGAGAACUAGACUCUCUAAUCGGCGAAUAUCGCCAUGAGAAGAAACGCCCCCGUGAAUCAGAGGCCCUCUUCAUCCUUCGCAAAGUCGCCUCCGUCGUCAAGCCCAUCAUGCGCCAGCGUUCUUGGCGAGUGGGCGCCCUCUGCGAGUUCUACCCGGGACAGAAAAACCUUCUAGGGCUGAAUGUCAACUCAGGUCAGAAAAUAUGUCUCAGACUACGGUAUCCCUCGGAUCAGAAGCAAUUUCUUCCAUUUGAGCAGGUCGUCGACACUAUGCUGCAUGAACUGUGCCAUAUUGUCCACGGCCCUCAUCACCGCGAGUUUCAUGCACUGUGGAACCAACUCCGGGAUGAACAUGAAGAGCUUGUCAUCAAGGGAUACACAGGCGAGGGAUUUCUCUCUCAAGGCAAACGCCUUGGCGGUACCCGGAUGCCGCCUGAUGAGGCUCGUCGACAAGCUCGUGCAGCCGCUGAGCAGCGAAGGAUUCUCACUAAAAACUCCGGAAAACGUCUUGGAGGUGCCCCCGUGCUUCGAGGAACAGAUACCCGCAAGCUGAGAGCAGAUGCCGCCCAGCGUCGCGUGGAGGUGACAAACGGAUGUGCCUCGGGCACGGACAGAAGCAACGAGCUUGCCGAGGAAGCAUCCCGAAACGGUUUCAGAACAAAAGCGGAAGAAGAUGAUGCAAAUGAGGAGGCAAUCCUCCAGGCAUUCAUUGAAUUGAUUCAGGAGGAGGAACGCGAGAAGUAUGGAUCGUCGUAUAUUCCCCCAAGCCAGGAGAACCCAGCUGGGCCUCGCUCGGGCGGGUCGCCCGUUCCAGAAUCUCACCAGGACAUGGCACAAGCUGGUACUUCAAAGGCAGCUGAAUCGAGCGCCCCAGGGACAAAAUCGUGGCAUACGCCAGAGGUAUUGGACCUUACAGCAGACAAUAGCUCAUACGAGGCCCCUUGGACGUGCCCAACAUGUACGCUGGAGAACCCAUCCAGUUUUCUCUGCUGCGAUGUGUGUGCUUCAGAAAGACCAGUGCCGAAAGAGAAACAGCCUGCCACAAGCCUGGAACCUAGGCGUUCCGAGCAACCCAAUUCGAAAAAGCGUUCGCUUCAGAUACAGGACGACGAGACUCCCGCCCGCGAUACAUUCGCAUUCAAGAACCGCACCCGAGCUCGAGACACCCUAGCCUCGAUGGACCGCGAUUCGACGAAACGGCCUUUAGGAUGGCUUUGCGAUAAAUGUGGUAGUUUUAUGGAGAGCCAGUGGUGGACGUGCUCGGCUUGUGGGAAAAUGAAACCUUCCUCUUGA